AUGACACAUUUGGGCACGCGAAUCGAGACAGAUGCCAUUGUCAUAGGCGGCGGCUUUGGCGGAUGCAAUUCUCUGUAUAGGCUUCGUCAGAUGGGCCUAUCCGUCAAGUUGAUCGAGGCUGGUGGUGCAUUUGGUGGCGUGUGGUACUGGAACCGAUAUCCUGGUGCUCGCGUCGAUACCGAAAUGCCCUCGUAUCAGUUUAACAUCCCUGCCGUGUGGAAGGGCUGGAAUUGGUCAGAAAGAUUCCCUGGCGAUGAGGAACUGCGCCGGUAUUUCCAGCAUGUGGAUUCAGUACUGGGUCUGAGCAAAGAUACUCUCUUCCACACCAUCGUCACUCGUGUCCACUACGAUACUGCCUCCCGCCGCUGGAUAGUCCACACCAAUAUCGGGCUUCGGGCGUCCUGCAAGUACCUGAUCACUGCUACGGGCUCGUCUUACAAAAAGCAUUAUCCGCAAUUUGCGGGGCUGGAGCAGUUUACAGGACAGCUUGUCCACUCGGCUGAUUACCCCGACUCCCUUGACGUUACAGGCAAGCGUGUUGGGGUUGUCGGGAACGGAGCUUCGGGUCUGCAACUUGUGCAAAGUUUGGCCAAGGAAGACUGUCGGUUGACAGUCUUUAUCCGCACGCCUUGCUUUGCAAUCCCAAUGAAGCAGAGAGCAGUCUCACUCCCGGAAUCGGAGAUGCUCAAGGGGUACUAUGAUGGCAUCUUUGACCGGUGCUAUACGUCCGCCACGGGGUUUCCUCAUAACACCCGAUUUCAAUCCGCGCUCCACGCCACUCCUGAGGAGAGAAAGGAGCUGUUCGAUGAGCUCUGGGCGCGAGGCGGCUACAGCUGGCUGAUCUCGAACUACUACGAUUUCCUGUUGAAUGAACAAGCUAACUCGAUCUUCUACGAUUAUUGGGUCCAACAAGUGCGGGCUCGCAUGACGGACCGCAAGAAAAUGGAUCUGGUGGCUCCGCUCAAGCAGCAGAUGCUCGUCGGUACGAAAAGACCCAGUCUAGAACAAGACUACUACGAGAUGAUUGAUCGUCUCAAUGUGACACUGCACAGCCUGAAACACUCCCCUAUCACGGCAUUCGAUACCACCGGGCUGUCGACCUGCGACGGAGACACAAUGGAGCAUCACGAUCUGGACAUUGUGAUUUUUGCCACGGGCUAUGAUGCCGUCACCGGCAGUCUUUUGGACCUCAACAUCUCAGACUGCAACCAGGUCCCUCUGGCUGACAAGUGGAAGGAUGGUAUCCUAACCCAUCUGGGCAUCAUGGUCCCCGACGCUCCGAACCUGUUCAUGGUCUACGGACCCCAAGCUCCAACUUCCUUGGCUAAUGGGCCUCCUUUUAUUGAAAUGGAGGUGGACUGGAUUUGCAAAGCCAUUGAGAAGAUGCAGAAGGAAGGACUUGGCUCCAUUGAGCCUAGCCAAAAAGCCGCCGAAGAAUGGCAGGAUCAUGUUGCUGCUGUGAGCGAGCAUACCCUGUACCCCAAGGCGGAUUCUUGGUACAUGGGUACCAACAUCCCUGGUAAGCGUCGGGAGCCGCUCAUCUACCUUGGUGGAAUGCAGCGCUGGUGGAAGAACUGCAUGGAUUCCUUAGAAAAUUGGGACGGCUUUCACACAUUGUGA